AUGCCUAGUAGCCUUGACAAGCUUGCAUCAUAUUUGGAAGAUUGUGAUAAAAAAAUGACUAGAAAAUAUUGUAAUAGUGAAGAGGAAUUUCAGUUACUCAAACGAAAAGGUGCUUAUCCUUAUGAAUAUACAGAUUCUUUUGAUAAAUUAAAUGAAACAUCUUUACCACCUAAAGAAAAUUUUUUUUCAAAAUUAAGUAAUGAAAAUAUUUCGGAUAGUGAUUAUGAGCAUGCAAUAAAAGUGUGGGAUACAUUUAAAAUUAAAACAUUAGGUGACUACAGUGAUAUUUAUUUGCAAGCUGAUGUGUUAUUAUUGGCUGAUGUUUUUGAAAAUUUUCGAAAAAAUUGUAUCUCAAAUUAUGGUUUGGAUCCUAUACACUACUAUACUAUCCCAGGUUAUUCAUUUGAUUGUAUGUUGAAAUGUACAGAGAUAGAAUUAGAACUCUUAACUGAUCCAGAAAAAUAUUUAUUCAUUGAAAAAGGAAUCAGAGGUGGAGUUGCACAAUGUACAAACAGGUAUGCUAAAGCAAAUAACAGAUACAUGCCUGACUUUAAUACUAAUAUAGAUGAAUCUUAUAUAAUGUAUUAUGAUAUUAAUAAUCUUUAUGGACAUUCAAUGAUGAAUUAUUUGCCUUAUGCAGGAUUUGAGUGGGAUGAUAAUAAAAAUAUUGAUGUAUUUAAAAUUGCAGAUGAUUCAGACGUUGGAUAUAUAUUAGAAGUAGAUUUAGAAUAUCCUGAGAGUUUAUUUGAUGAUCAUCGUGACUUUCCACUUUGUCCUGAGCAUCUUAUCCCACCAAAUUCCAAACAAGUCAAACUAAUGACCACUUUAUAUCCAAAAAAAAAUUAUGUUAUUCAUUAUAGAAGUCUAAAACAAUAUUUAGGUCUAGCAAUCGAAAAUUUACGUGGUAGAAGAGAUGUGAAAAUGAUAACAAAAUGGGAUGGACGAUAUGGAGCAAAAUCACUAAUAUCAAAACCAAAUUUUCAUAGUAGUAUGAUACUUGGAAAAGAUCUUGUUGUUAUUGAAAUGUCUAGAAAAACGUACGGAAAUUCAGCUAAACUUUUAUACAUGGAUACAGAUGCUUUAGCUUAUUUAUUCACAGUACCUGAUAUUUAUGAAUGUAUGAAAAAAAAUUUGGAAAAAUUUGAUACAGCUGAUUAUCCAGAAAAUAAUAUUUAUAACAUGCCUUUAGUAAAUAAACGAAAAAUCGGUGUUAUGAAAGACGAAAACCAAGGCAAAAUUGUAACGGAAUUUGUUGGUUUGCGUGCAAAAGCUUACAGCAUGAAAAUAUUAAAUGAAGAUAAAAUUAUAAAAAAAGCAAAAGGAAAGUAA